GAGAGAGAAGGAGAGAGAGCGAGAGAGAGAGAGGGGAGUAGCGAUAGGAGGCAACGAAGAGGGAAAGCGAAGUUGCGUGUGUGUGGAGUUCCACGCUCUCAAUGUCUUCGCGAGGUCGCUAACGGUGAAUACAAGUUAGGAAUCGUCGGCGAGAAGAUGGUGAAGAGAAACAAGACGGCGGCAGAGGACAGCCCUCCGCCUCAGCACGGCGUCCCACUCGCCAUGCGCACGCACGGGCGAGUCGCCGGGGAGGGACGCGCCCACGUCACAAUCGGAUUCUCGGAAGGGGUACCGGUCAAGUAUGACGCAUCGUUCCGUGGACCCAUCGCCAACAGGAGCUGCACAGACAUCAUCUGCUGCGUUCUCUUCAUGGUGGUGAUCGCCGCCUACAUCGUCUUGGGUCUUCUCGCCUGGUUGAAUGGAGAUCCUCGCAAGGUCAUCUACCCGACGGACAGCCAAGGGAACUACUGUGGCCGGGGCAACUACAGCGACAAGCCCUUUCUGCUCUACUUUGACAUCUUCAAGUGUGCGGGCAGCGCUGCGCUUCUCAACUUCAACUGCCCGACCACGCAGAUAUGUGUCCAGCAGUGCCCAAAGAAUUUCUGGGUGGUCAACAUGAUUCAGCCUCCCUCCCAAGCUUUCAACGCUGAGUACUGCCGCCCGGGGUUCAACCUGGCCACCACCAGUAAGACGGUGCAGCAGAUUCUGCAAGCGGAAGACUGCGCAGGGUUUACCGUGCCCAGCAAGGAUCUCGUGAACCGCUGCGUCCCCGUGCUGCUGAGCGACGCGUCGGGCGGCAACGUGACGGUGAACGGCAGCAGCAGCGUGCAGACGCCCUCCGGCACGGUGUCGGCACAGGCGGUGCAGGAGGCCAGCAAUUACUUGGCCGGUGUGUUGAAUGCUCGUGACCUGGGAAUGAAAAUCUUUUCUGAUUUCACCAAGUCCUGGUACUGGAUCAUCAUAUGCCUGGUCAUCGCUAUGGUGGUGAGCCUUCUCUUCCUCCUGCUGCUGCGCUUCACCGCCGGAUUCCUCAUCUGGGCCAUCAUCAUCGGACUCGUGGGAGUCGUCGGAUACGGGAUCUACCACUGCUACCGGGAGUACGACAACCUGAAGGGAAAGCCCGGAGCGGAUCUCAAGAUCACAGACGUCGGCCUGCAGACGGACCUGUCCGUGUACCUGCAGUACAGGGACACGUGGCUGGCGUUCAUGAUCGUCCUGGCCGUGGUGGAAGCGCUCAUCCUGCUCAUCCUGAUUUUCUUGCGCAAGCGACUGCUCAUCGCCAUCGCGCUGGUCCGCGAGGCGAGCAGAGCCAUCAGCUACAUGAUGUCGUCGCUCUUCUACCCGCUCGUCACCUUCGUGCUGCUCUUCGUGUGCGUCGCCUACUGGGGCAUCACCGCGCUGUAUCUGAGCACUUCCGGGAGACCCAUCUACAAGGUGUUCGUUGACCAGGAUGGAGCCUCCGCCGAGUGCCGGAACAUCAGCAACGCAGACUGCCACCCGAGCAAUUUCAGCUCGGCGAGCUGCCCGCAGGCGCGCUGCUCGUUCCUGCACUAUGGCGGGGACAGCAUUUACGAGAAGAACUUGCCCUGGCUCCAGGUCUUCAACGUGUUCGCCUUCCUGUGGCUCAUGAACUUCGUUAUCGCGAUGGGUCAGUGCACUCUGGCCGGGGCCUUCGCCUCCUACUACUGGGCCUUCCACAAGCCACGGGACCUGCCGGCCCUCCCCGUGGCGGCGAGCUUCAUGAGAGCGCUCAGGUAUCACACCGGUUCCCUGGCCUUCGGGGCACUCAUCAUCGCCAUCAUCCAGCUGAUCCGGAUCAUCCUGGAAUACAUGGAUCACAAGCUCAGAGGGGCAGAGAACCGGGUUUUGAAAUUCCUGCUCUGCUGCCUCAAGUGCUGCUUCUGGUGCCUGGAGAAGUUCAUGAAGUUCAUCAACAGGAACGCCUACAUCAUGAUCGCGAUUUACGGAAAGAACUUCUGCGUGUCGGCGAAGAACGCGCUCUCGCUGCUCAUGAGGAACAUCGUGCGGGUCGUGGUGUUGGACAAAGUCACGGAUUUCCUGCUGCUGCUGGGAAAGCUGGUGGUGGUGGGUGGAGUGGGAGUGUUCGCAUUCUUUUUCUUCAGCAACAGGAUCAUGAUUCCUGACACACCGCUCGUCCUCAACUACUACUGGGUUCCAAUAGUGACGGUGGUCGUGGGCUCCUACAUGAUCGCGCACGGAUUCUUCAGCGUCUACGGCAUGUGCGUCGACACGCUGUUUCUCUGCUUCCUGGAAGACCUGGAAAGAAAUGACGGCUCGGAGGAAAAGCCGUACUUCAUGCCCAAGUCCCUGCUCAAGAUUCUCAACAAGAAAAACAAGGCGCCGAAGGGAGCGGAGUGAAGACGCUGCCUAUCCACUGCUGGGUGAAGAAGAAGGCCUCCCCAUGCCAGCGCUAUGCCCCACGGUCCUGCGAUGCCACAGCCUGCAUCUCGUGAACUGGUCUUCCGUCGCUCCGUCUCCGCAGUGGUCGUCGUCUCCUUUGGCCGCCAUUCUGGCACACGAAGCCGUUGCCCAUCGGCUAUCAUCGCCAGCUGGCAAUGUGUGUGCCGUCUGCGCCCCGAAUUCCUGAACCGACAAUAUGACCGCACGUGUUUCAUGAUCGAUAUGCUCCCUCCUCUCUCUCUCUCUCGUUACAUCGAUACAUCCAAACGUGCGCCUUAAUGCUUCUUUGCGCACUUAAUUGAUUCAGGCGCAUCGCGUUGUACGAAUAACCUGUCGCACCGUAUGCCUUAAUCCGGUUAAUCACAAAUCCCUGGUCUUUACACUUUAUACAUCAGUGGACAAUAUAUGUAGACAGUAUUGUUCAUUAUGCAAGUCAAUGUAUGGAUGCCAUUGAAUAAGGUUAUAUUUCUUGUUUGUAAUUAAUGCCGCGUGUAGAUGUUGAGCAUCUAUGAAUGGACAGUGAAAAUUACCUGUGUUUAUAUAUAUACUAUCCACACGGUAUAUAUGAUGUUAUUAUAUUGCGGUCAUUACAAAUAUUGCUUUGUGGUAUUUUGUUGAGCAUUUUUUUUUCAACAUUUUCAAAGCAUGAUAAUGUAUCGAUCAUUUAAUUAGUUCAUAAGAGCAGCCCAUAUAAAGCCAGUCCCAUCGCAGAUCCUGAAUGUAUUUUUGUAUUUUAUUACAAUACAUCAUCUGGAAAGUUCCUUCAGAUGGACGGACGUCUCGUUUGCAGGGGUGUCCGAGGAUGUCUAUAGUAUCGGCACACGGAGUAAGCAAUAUGAUGACAGACUUCACGGUAUAUCCAAACUUGUUUGACAUUCUAUGGCUUAUACAGAAUAACGUUUACAGGAUGUCAAAUACAUUUAUGGGGCAUUGAGAACCGGGGCCAGACAAUGUCUGGCAGUCUCACACCUGAACAAGGAGCCUCGCCAUCAGACGUUCAUCUCGAACGUUCUCUAUCCCUUACAGUGGCAAAUGUUUUGCAAGCGUGAGAUCUGGGCUGAGAUGCAACCAUAGUUAUGAAUAAAAGAACAACAGAAACAUCAACACGUUCGUCAAUAACAGUGUGUGGCCGAAAGAGAAAAAAACGAUGUAAUAGGUGGUGACGUUUUGGGGAAUUGCUCUUCUUUUAGGACAUUUUAUUUUGAUGGUUCGACGCCAGGGCUCUUUUAAGGACUGCAGCGCAGAUCUUGAAAUUCGAAACAAAAUAAAUGGCUCUUCUUGUUAUUUCGAUUGCCGAACCCCUGACCAUGUAAAGUCCAGUUCACCAUGGGAGUCCAGUUCACCAUGGGAGUUGAGUUUACCAUGGGAGUCCAGUUCACCAUGCGAGUCCAGUUCACCGUGUUAGUCCAGUUCACCAUGGGAGUUCAGUUCACCAUGCGAGUCCAAUUCACCACGGGAGUUAAGUUCACCAUGGUCAGGGGUCAUCAGCCUGCGGCUCCAGAGCCGCAUGCGGCUCCUGAAGGACUGCUGAGUGACAUUUAUUUAUUGAGGGCCAUCGUCUCGUGUUCACCACUUGAAAUCGUUUUUUUACCGAAUGCGAACAGAAAUGUCUCUUCUUGUUUUGAUUACCCGACCCCUGCUCUAUGCAACGAACAAUUGCCCAAAACUCCCUUACGUGCUGUGCACAAAGGUCUUUCCAGAAACGUCGCCGAUUACAGCGUAUAUUUUCCUUGUAAGGCCACAGUGUUGUCGAGGAAGGUGGCGAGUUGUUUGUGUUGUUGUUGUUAUUCACUGUGCCUUGUGCAUCGCAAACGACGCAGCAGCUGCAUGAACCAAAUAAUUCGUCCCAAGUUUUACGUCGUGAACGUCAGCUGCCUCUAUCAUUUCAUAUUUCCGCAUCUCUCUUUUGAACCCCAGACUUUCUCGCCGUGUUUAAUAAAGGCUGCCGCUGUAAUUUAACAAAAUAACUAGUUUAUAAAAAAACUAAACCUUGUGUUUUAUUUAUUUAUCUGUCUCGAGACGAUUUUUUUUUCUAAGAUGCAAUAUAUGAAUGAAUAAACCAAUCCACUGUCACAUUG